AGCAGAGACCGAGAUCCCGGGCAGCGGGGGCAGCGAGAACCGCGCGGGGCAGCCCAAGAGUAGCGGGGCAGCUAGCGAUCGCACGAGACCAUAGUAGCGGCAGUCGCUCCCAAGGGCCAAGCCCCCCCGCGCAAAAAAAACAAGCACUGUUUCUGCGGAGACCGACGGCCCUGCGAGGGCGAGGAGCGGCAGCCACCUUGCGAGCGCCAUCCAAUCAUGGCCUCCCUCUUCAAGAAGUCCGUGGCGGCCGUCAUGGGGUUGAAGGAGAAGCAAGAAAAAAAACGCUUGCAGGCCAACGCCUACGAAGAAGCUUUAAAGGCCGUAGCCGAGGCGGCGCUGAAUCCCGGCGACGAGGCGCCCAAUCUAUCCCUACCCUUGACGUCGUACUACAUCAACUCGUCGCACAAUACUUAUUUGAAUGGCGACCAACUCACGUCUCACUCCUCACCCGACAGCGUAGCUAGAGUGUUGCGAUUGGGCUGUCGCGUGGUGGAAUUGGAUUGUUACGACUACAAGCAGUACUCCAUGAAGCAGCGAGGUUAUCAUGCUUCUGUCAUUGUGACCCAUGGAGGUACAUUAUGCACGAAGUGCAAGUUCAAGCGCAUGAUUGCGGCCAUAGCAGAAAACGCCUUCUUCACGACCGAAUGUCCGGUCAUUGUUACAUUGGAGAACCACUGCAAGGCCGAGGGCCAGAAGAUCAUUGCGGAUACGUUACGAGGUGUUCUCGGGGACAAGUUGUACAUCCCGAAGGAAGGGGAUCUGAUUACGCCGGAGUCAUUGAAAGGUAAGGUCAUCAUUCGCGACAAGCGCAAGGACGACGAUAAGGACAAGGACAAGGACGACGAGGAUGAGGCCAAGGUGGCGAAGAAGCACAAACGGCGCAGCAAGGACGAGGAGGAGGCGCUGGCCGAGCACCUCGAGGCCGCCAAAGCUAAUAUAGAGGAGGAGGCUCCGGAAGAGGAGGUCGCGACCUUCCUGCGGGAUUUAAUCUAUGUGAGGAACACGAAAACAAAAUCCCUGAAAGACGUUACCAUUACUCAAUUGACGGGCAAGGAGCCCUUCGUCACGUCCAGCAGUUGGAACGAGCGCAAGCACAAGAAGCUCGCGGGCUUGAAGGUCAAGAAAGGUCUGAAGAAGGAACUAAGUGCCAUCGAGCACUCCUUACACUCGCCCGGAAGUAGCGAGGAAGCGCGGCCGGGCGCGAUGGAAGCUUGGACUAGAAGCGCCCUCGCUCGCGUCUACCCGGCGGGCCACCGCAUCAAGUCGGACAACUACGACCCGAGCGACGCGUGGGCGACGGGCUGCCAAAUUGUAGCCCUAAACAUGCAAGUGACACCCGAAGAUAACCCCCUGUACACGAACUGGGGCUUCUUCCUGCGCAAGGGCGGUUGUGGGUAUGUGCCCAAGCCCCAGUUUCUUCGUGAAUCAUCUUUCGAGGAACUCGACCAGUACGCUUCCGGUUUAAGGACGCAGUCCCUGCCGAUCAAGCAGACGCUGAAAGUAAAUUUGAAGAGUGCGAGAGGCUGGACGAAGGGCUGGGGCAUGGAGGAGGCGCCCGACGUCUACUGCGUGGUCAGUAUUGCUGGAGGCCCGAAGCAGGACCGUGGUCAUCGCAAGUCGAAGACGGCGAACAACACGAAAUCUCCUACGUUCAACGAGACGUUUUCGUUUCCUCUCGCCGUGCCGGAGCUCGCCGUGGUCACUCUAGAAUUCUGGGACGACGACACCGUGUCCGGCGACGACUACCUCGGCCACGUGUCGCUGCCGGUGCAGGAGGUCAAGCUCGCGCGCGACCUGACCAUCCCCCUGCUUUCAGAAAGCCUGACGCUCUGGACAAAGGGCGGGGGCCAGGCCUUCGUCAAGGUGCGCUUCGACUUUGAAGAAGCUUCCUAGGGUUCCUAUGGGUAAUUCGUCCG